UAACUAAUAGUUAUUUAUAUAUAUAUACCACCUCUCUUUUAGUACUCUUAGUGCAAAAUGAGUGAAAAUGGUGGAUAACAAUAAUAAUAAUAAUAGCCAAAAAAAUGAACCAUCAACUCAUGUUUUACUACUCUAUUGUAGAGUAUGUAAGAGGGGAUUUAAUAGUGCUGGGGCACUUGGUGGGCACAUGAGAUCUCAUGGAUCAGUAGGGGAUAAUAGUAGUAGUAAUAAAAACUAUGGAGAAGAAAUUAGUGAACAAAAAUAUAUGAUGAAUAAUUUUAGAAGGGAAAAAUUGGAGGGUCAAAAACACUCGUAUAAUCUUCGUACUAAUUCUAAUCGAUUAAUGUUAGGGAAUAAUCAAUCAACAAGUGAUCAUGAUCAUGAUCAUGUAGAUGUUGAAAAAUCGGAGUAUUAUUAUUAUGGUCCCGAUGUUAAGGAUAAACAACAUUGUUCAAGAGAAGAAGAAGAAGAUCUCGCAAAUUGUUUAGUUAUGUUAUCGAACAAAUCUUAUGAUUUGUCCGAUAACAGUAACAAGGAGGCUAAAAACAAGGCUAAAGAAGUGGAAAAGGGAAUGUUUCAAUGUAAAGGAUGUAAGAAAAUUUUUAAUUCUCACCAAGCUUUAGGGGGACAUAGAGCGAGUCACAAGAAAGUUAAAGGGUGUUAUGCUGCAAAACUCGAUGACAACAUUAAAGACGACGACGACAACAACAACAACGAUGAUGAUAAUAAUGACAUUGAUGACGACUCAAUAAUCUCUCCUAGUGAUUUGAUUUUGCAUCAAGAAUCAAACGAUUUUCAAUCUCAAUCCCCAACAUCAUCAAGCUCAUUUUCAAGAAAGAGAUCAAGGGUUCACCAAUGCUCGAUUUGCCAUCGAGUCUUUUCAUCUGGACAAGCCUUGGGUGGACACAAAAGGUGUCACUGGCUAACCUCGAGUUUGCCAGAGACUACCUUUAUGCCCACUUUUCAAGAAAUCCAGUAUCACAAUCAAGAACAAGUACUAUACAACAAACCUUUAUUUAUCAACAACUCUCAUCAACCACUAGAUCUAAAUUUUCCGGAACAACUAGGCAAUCCAACUGAAGUUGGGUUGAAACUACACAAUAAUCCAUUUGAACAUGAAGGCCCAAGAAGCCAACUCCAGCUAUGGACAGAGGAUACUAAUCAAAAUCACAAGCGCAAAGAUUCUUUGUGUAGGGAGGAAAAUAGAAAGGCAAAGGAAGCAAAAUUGAGUAACCUUAAAGAUGUGAAUUUGGAUAAAGGCUCUUCUUCUUGGUUACAAGUAGGAAUUGGUCCAACUCCUGAUAUUUUUGCAACCCUAUAAGGGUAAUAUUCAAGUGAUAGUCAAAUAUUA